AUGAACAUGAAGCACAGCUGCUCCGGGGAGGACUUCCCCGAUGAAGCCCGCUACGUGCACCAUCUCAAGAUCGACGACUUCGCCGUCACCAAGGAUGCCCUCCGCCGGGACAACGAGGGUUAUUGCAUCAAGUCCAGGUGCAGCGUCGGUGGCCACGAGUGGGAGAUCCGUUUCUACCCUGCGCACUGGCACCUGAGCUACGCGUACUUGGUGGCGCUCGAGCUCGCCUUCCUCGGCGGCGGAGCACCCUCGCGCGGCGUGUCGGCGACCCUGACCGGCCGCCUUGUAGAAUACAUGGGCUGUAAUCUCCGGCCAUUAUCAGCGAUCCUGCCCUCGCAGAAAGUAUUCCAGGGUGCCUCGGAUUCCCCUCUUCUAUUAUACAUUGGAACCGGGGAAGCCAAAGAUGUUCAACCAGCAGGUUGGUUGAUUGUGGAAUGCACCAUCAGCGUGCUCAGAGACAAGGAAGCCGUCGGCACGCCGCCUGCCUCCGACCUGCACCGGCACCUCGGCGAGCUCCUGCGGAGCGAGGCCGGGGCGGACGUCACGUUCGCCGUGUCCGGCAAGUCCUUCGCCGCGCACAAGAACAUACUAGCAGCAAGGUCUCCUGUUUUCAAGGCCGAGUUCUUUGGAGAUAUGGAGGAGAAGACCUCCCAGCGUGUUGAAAUCAAGGACAUGGAACCAAUCGUUUUCGAGGCCCUGCUCCGGUUCAUCUACACCGACAUGGUGCCUGCUGAACUUGAUGAUAAUAAGCAGCCAGAGGCUACGGCGGCGGGAACCGUGAUGGCUCAGCAUCUGCUCGUCGCCGCCGACAGGUAUGGACUUGACAGGCUUAAGGUGAUCUGCGAGCAGAGGCUUGCUCUAGGUAUUGACAUCGAUACCGCAGCAUCGACAUUAGCGCUAGCAGAGCGGCACAACUGCUCAGGCCUCAAAGCUAAGUGUAUCGAGUUCAUAGCUGGAACUUCAGCUGAAAAUCUUGAUGCUGUCUUGGCGACAGAAGGGUACAGACAUCUGGAGGCGAGCAGCCCCUCGGUCCUGACUGAGCUUCUCAAGGUUGCCAAUCGACGAAAGAGUAGGUCGACAUAUUUUUAA